UAUGAUUUUGUUAUUGAUAUAGGUUCAUUCAACCAGUUUGUUAGCUAUAUGAGUGCAAUAUUUGAUGCAGAAGAUGCAAUAACUUCUGAAUCGCUUUUAUCAAAUGAUCAGCUAUCACUCUUAAUUCCAUCAAGCAUAGGCUCGAAUGAACCCUUGCUUACUUCAGAAGUUAUCCAUCAGAUUAUAAAGCUUGUGAAUAAAGUAUGCCGUUUCAAUCGGUUAGAGGAUGCUGAUGUCGAUGACUUGGGACGUUUGUUGAAAAUUUUAGAAAGAUCUGUUCGAGAAGUCGAAACACUAGAUUUAUUCCCACGUGAUUAUAUGGCGUCUUCUAAAUCAAAUAGUAGAUCCCAAAAUAAAGUAUCUGAUUCAAUGAGCGUAGACGAUGACUCCAUGGAUGAGGAUGAUAAAUGUAUUGACUCUCAUUUGCGAAAAGUUGAAGAAAAGAUUAAUAAAAUAAUUAACGGGAUUGAAGCUGCUACUGCUGCAUUCAUUAUUAUGACUGGUGGUAAUUUGAGUAAGCAGCGUCAAACAGCUGGCAUGCUUCAAAUUAUCACAAAUUAUUUACGGAAAUUAUAUGAUUUGAUGCAGAAAGAAGAACUUUCUGACUCUAUUGUCAUUACAGUUAGUUAUAUUGCUAUUGGACCCUUUUUUGUGGAUUCUGUAAACAACAGCGGUAAUUCUAUAUUUGGUAAUGGUUUGGAAGCAGUAAAAUUGGUUGCGCUUGGACUAUUGAGAUCUAUAUGGAUUGCUUAUAUUCUUCCUUAUAGAUUGCCUGAUGGUAAAUCAAUCCAAAUGGUAUCUGCGCUUAUUUUACAGCUUAUUCAAAGUUGUGCAGUAGGCAUAACUCACUUUGGCCUAAAGUCAGUGGAUGAUCAACAAAGUGAACAGCUUGUUGAAAAUUUAACUAAUGGAGUUCCAAAUGAUUUAAAAAAGUCUAUUAAAAAUUCAAACGAGUCAGAAUAUCGCGUUCUUUUAGAUAAUUUCAUGGAAGAUGUGAUUACAGUAUUGAAUUACCCUGAGUGGCCGGCAGCUGAAAUGAUAAUUGGCUAUAUAAAUGAUAAAAAAGCAGACAAUUAUACAAAAUCAAUGGCUAUUGAUUAUUUGGGGAUAAUAGCUGGACGUAUCAAAAAGUUUGCAAACACAGGUCUCAUUUCUGGAGAAGGAGUGUCAGAAGAUAACGGAGAGGAUAAUGAUGAUAAUGAUAAUCAGAAUUGGAUCGACAAAAUUAAAGAUAUACCGAGAGGAGAUCAGACAGAUUUAAGAUGGGGAGAUAAAGACGAUGCAUCACUUGCUUCAAUAACAAAAUUAAUGAACAAGAUUGUUGCUGAAUACUGGCAAAUGUCAUCUGAAAAUCAAAUUGUACAAACCCUAGGACAGGUGGUUGUAUGUGACCCUGGCAUUCUAAGCCAAGUGAACGUUCGUCAAACAAUUGCCCAGAGAUUUUCUGACAAUUCGCCAGCUGUUCGAGAUGCAGCCAUUGAGCUUGUUGGACGUUAUCUCGCACAAAAACCGGAGAUUACGGAGCAAUAUUACAAAGAUACUGGUCUUAAUGUACGAAAACGUGUAAUAAAAUUACUUAGAGAUAUUUACCUUAAAAGCUCUGAUCAGGAGAUGAAGAUCGAUAUCGGCUGUAAAAUUCUUAUUCGCGUUAAUGAUGACGAUGAUCAUGUCAAGGAUCUAGCUCUUAAAACUAUUCAAGAAUUGUGGUUUGCUCCAUUCAAACAUCAGAAAAAUUUUUAUGCUGAGACAUAUGAUUUGGAUGAUGAUGACAAGGGGCAAAAUGAAUUCAACAACAUGCCUGCUAGUGGUAAAAAGGAUGUUUUAGCAAGAAGCUUAUUAAUUGUAGGGGUUGCAGGACGACUUGGCGAGAGGAAUGGGCAUAUCAUGGAACAAAAACAAUUGGAAGCAGGAAAAGAACUAUCUUCUGCGCGUAAUGUUAUGGUGCUUCUAUUGAUUGUCGGAUUGUUAUGUAAAAAUUUUGAUUUUGACAAGAAGCGAUUAGAAAAGCCAGAAAGCACUGAUUUGAUGGAUCGUAUAUUAAAUACCGGUGUAAUGGAUAUGAAAAUUCAGUUGAUGAAAGUAUUCUUAGAUUUCUUAGUUUCAGAACAGCAAAAAAUUAACACGGAUUUAGAAGACAAAAAUCUUAAAGUCCUAAUAGGUAAUGCUGAUGAAUUCGCUGAAGCUGGGCCUGAGGCUUUGCUUAAUCCGAUGUACUCUCUUCUGAAAGAUAAGCGGAAGUCUCGUAAUGAUUUUCUUGUCUCUAUUGUCAAGACUUUUGACUUUGACUUAAAAAAAUGUGAUGAGUCGAAGGUGGACGUUGGCUUUUGCAAAUUUGUUGCAGAAAACCUAGCUACUAUUGAUUACAAAUCAAUUGAGGAAGUUCUUCACGUGAUUUACUUGAUCAAUCGUGUUUUGUCAGUUGUUGCAAUUAGCGUAUUACAUUCUGUUCAAAACAACAUUCAAGAGACUAUUGUAGAUAAUGUUC